AUGUUCAUUCCAACAAAAGUUGAAAGUGAAGAGAAUGCAGAUAGUAGUUUUUUCCCUGGUGUUAUUCAUGUUAUGUUCAAUCUAUUAGGAAUCUCAAAAAAUCAAUUUCAAAAUUAUCAUUCAUACGAGAAUUCAUCAAAAUAUUCAUCAAUAUUCUGCUGGCUGAAUAUAUCUGGAAAGGUAAUGAAAUUUAUUACAACUCCAUACGCUCAUAUAUUUGCAACAAAGCAUUUUGGAACAGAUACUUUUGUUGGUGAUAAUGGUACAUGUCCAUCUGGUAUUGAAAUCGAGAAUAGUGGUGGUUCAGGAAUAGCUGGAAGUAGCUUGGAAGGAAGAGUAUACAUGACAGAUAUAAUGACAGGGUUAAGUCUUCAGCAAGGAGGUCAAUUUAAUCGCUUAACAGAUGCAUCAAUGGCAUUAUUGCAAGAUACAGGAAACUAUAAAGUCACAUGGUCUAUGGGUCAGCCAUUAGUAUGGGGUAAUCCAGAAUCAAUUGAUGGUAAUCCUAUAAAAGAUUUUGCAAUAGGAUCGCCUCAAAAAGUUUUCCCAUCAAACUAUUUCUUAAAUUUUAGCGCAGCAGACCAAUCAUAUACCGGUUUUGAUUACAAGUUUUAUGGUUAUGCUAGUUACAAUAAUCAAUGGAAUUGCUCGGAUUCAUCAGUAUCUAUAUACCCAAAAGUAAAAGAAUACUGUACUGGGAAAUCAUUUUUUAAUCCUAAUAAUGAAAAAUAUAUUGGAUCAUUAGGUGAAUAUGAUUUCAUGCCAAUCAUAAAUCCAAUGUACGUUUGUGGUACAGGAAAAGCUGUAAUUCCUAGUACAUUGGAAAGUUUGGAUCAUUGUGGAGAAUAUAAAUGCAAUGGUUAUACAAGUUUUACCAUUAAAAUGCCAACUGACAUGGCUGGUGGAACUAAAACGAUAACUUGUAAUUCUUCAAAUGUUGAUGUACUAAUUUCAGAGAAAAUUUAUGUAACAUCAAAUCAUACAGGGUCUUAUUAUCCAUUAAAAUACUGGUGUCCGCCACCAGAAAGAUUCUGCAGAUCAGUAAAAUUACAUGAAAUGCACUUCAAAAGUGAUCCAUUUUUAAAUUCAUCAGUGCAGUUUGAUAACGAUGAAGAGGAAGAUAUACCAUCACCCACUCCAUAUAUAACGGCAACUCCAGUUAUUCGUAUGAAAGGUAGAUCAAAUUCUCCAUUUUUGUAA